AUGGCUGCAGCGCGGCCCGCCGAGGGCGGGGAGGGGCCGCGGAGGAGAUCGCCUCACGGUCGCACCUGCCGAUCCGCCAUCACCGGCCGGUCCCAGGAUGCGCCUCAGCUUUACGGACGGCUCCUUCCGGCGCGCGUCCUCCGCUCCGUGUGCCCUCCCCCAGCACGCCCCUGGCGCCAGCGGGACGGGGCGGCGAUGGCGGUGGCGGCGGCGGCGGGCAGGGCCGCGGCCCACGGGCACGGCGAGAGCGGUGGCGGCCGCGGCGGCAGCUUCCUGGGGCCGCGGGUGCCGGCCGAGGUAGAGGCUAUGGCUCGGGUCCUGGAGGACAUGGGCAAGGAGACCUUCCGGCGGCUCCUCAGAGUCACUGUUAAUGCGCUGGAAGGAAAAGACUGCAAGGAAUCUGUCAAGCUUAUUGCAGAAAGCACUAAUCUCUCAGAAGAGCAACUUGCUUUCCUCAUUUCUGGCAUGUAUACCCUCCUGCGAGAGGCGUUGAGACUCCCCUUAUCAACUUUCAAACAAGAAGUUUUUAAGGAAGACCUAAAGGAGCUCAGGAUACCAGAAGAUUUCAUUGUGGACUUUUCCAGUAUAGUCUUUGGAAACAGGCGUCCCACUUCCGAAGGCACAGCAAUCAUACAAGGAAGUAGGCUGCCAAGCGUCCAGGACUUCAGGUGGAGAGUGGAUGUAGCUAUAUCCACAAGUUCACUGGCCCGUGCACUUCAACCAUCCAUUCUAAUGAUGCUGAAGCUUUCAGAUGGGACAGCUCAUCGCUUUGAAGUGCCAGUUGCAAAGUUUCAAGAACUGAGAUACAACGUUGCCCUUAUACUGAAGGAAAUGAAUGACUUGGAGAAAAGGAGCAUACUGAAGAUCCAGGACUGAACACUUUGAAACUGGGAGUUUACAGAACAGAUAUGAAAACACCCUCAGUGUGUUUGGUGAAUGGCAAAGCAGGGAAGCGUCACCACUUUGCCUCUCUGAACUUUAAAGUGGCAUUUAUGGUCAUUUAUGGUGUUUAUGAUGUCUGCUGUAAAUAUGUUUUCAUUUCAAGCGUUAAAAGCACAAGGUCUUUUCGUAAGACUUAGGAAAAAAACAAACCCAAAUCUAUGAAAAAGCAUAAUGCUGUUUGCGAGAAUUAUUGCAUGAUUCAUCAAAACAUUUUUUAAAUAACUGUCUUAAUAGAUGUAGGAGUCAUUUAUUUCUGAUUGUGAUUCAUCAUUCUCAGUAUUUUUGAAAGCCUGCUACCGGAAGCCCCGUCAGUGUGCAUCAGAAGAAAGCUCUGCAGUACCUCAAAUAAAAAAUACAACAACAAAAAACAUGCACUCCUGUGCUCUCAUGUGACAAAUGUGGACUGGAGUUUUGCGUAAGUAAAAGUGCUUCUGGCUUCUCACUGACUGAGUUAUGGCUGCAGGUAUUUAAAGGCUAAUUUUGAAGAAAAUUGGAAGUCUGUGGAUCAAAAAAAAAUUGAGCUUCCAAAACUAAUUCCAUGGAAUUGCACAAGUGGAACGGUGCAAUAUAAGUCUUUAUCUGGUUGAUCAAAAUGGCCUAAAUAGCAGUAAUCUCAUAGAUUUCUAACUGGAAAGGCCUGCUUCUUGUUUUAUGUAUUUCCCAUAUGUUCAACGUGAACAGAAUCAUCUGAAUUACUGGGCAGAAACCUCUGGCGCUGCAAUAACAGCAAAUGGCAGGAGACAGUGAUCUUGUAGAUCACUAAAUACUCAUUAAUAGUGCAAAUCAGACCCUGGGAUGAAGAGGCUGCAUACAGCCUCUGGGAGGAAAGUCACGGGUGUGAGAAUACCAAGCCACCAGGCCAAGGAAACAGUUAAGCAUAGGCUGAAGUUCCCUGUGUUGGUCAGGCAGUUGGAUUGGAUGAUCAAUGUAGGUCCCUCCCAACUGAAGUAAAAAUUCUAUUUAUUUGCCCCAUGAGUAAAUCUUGGAAGAAGUCCCUUAACUUGAAGCACAUGUUUUAAUUCUCAUUUAAAUGCCAUGGGACCACAUGUAUGUCCCUAAGAUUUUUGCCAAGAAGGGCUGCAUUCCUCAGUCAUUGCCUGAACAAGUUUUCCCCAGCAGCAAAGAUACGGAGGCUGUGAGCAAUGGCCCAGUGACAGCGCAAGCCAUGGGCCCUAGAACUAUUAGAUUUAUCCAGCUGCUAAAAGCAGUUUAGAAAGCAUGUGCUACGACUGUUGUUGGCACUGGCUCAUUCUAGCUGCCUUUAGGAGUUUUACAUCAGUAGUACCACCCAUACUUCUCACUCUUGGUUUUUGUGACUGUAGAACUUGUCUUUAUCUCCCUUACUGCCCGCAGAAAACUACUGAAAUUAAAACCAUGGAUUAGGAGGCCUUUUUACACUCCCACAGCUGUUUCUGUACAAAAGGAUGAACUGGCUCUUGGAUUUUAAGAAUCACAACAGGUAUAAAAUGACUUCAUUGUAUUAGUGCAGACUGCUGUCAAAGAAGUUCUUUUUAAAAGUAUGACAACGACAGCUCAAUAGCUAUGGUCCAGAAAGCUUUUAAAACCUGUGCAAGAAUGUGUCCUGUAGUUUCAAAUAAACCUAUCAGCCUUUAUUUCAAACUGUUCCAUUUGCUUUGUAGGCUACUCAUCAAUAAGCCUGAGGCUUGAUCCAUACUGCAUCUUAACUACUGUGUUCAGGUUACACCAAAGCAUGUAAAGAAGAAUUAGCUCCUGCAACUUCAAGUGGGCUGUAGGUUGCAUUAAUGUGAUGUUUUCUUUUUUGGUUUAGUUUGUGAAGCUUGUAUAUCUUAUUUCUGGAAUUCCAUUAUCACAAGAUGUGAUACAAAACAUACAUUCUUGCAUUCCUUGUUACAACCUUUUCCCUCUGAAUGUUCAGGUUUAUUGGUUUCAAACUAGAAAGGAAUCUCAGCUGAGACCACAAGUGAAGCCUUUACAGACAAAUGGAACCCUGCAUGGUAUAAAAUGACCUACUGCUCUAGACAUUUGCAGAGUAUUUUUUUACUGUUCAGAAGGAUCCAUAAAUGCUAUCUAAACAGAACAUAUUCCUUCCAUUGUUCUCCUGUAACAGCCAUUGCCCACGUUCUCCGGAAGUGGAAAGGCUUCCUUACUGUUUUCCUCAUGUUCUCCACACAGGGUGAUGGACCUCUUUUAGGCUCAAUUUUUUUCUUGCCACACAUUAAGCAGGAGUUUACUGUAACGGGAGGUUUACAAUGCACCUGAAGGGGUGCAUAAACACUUGGGAUUUUCAUUCCUCUGUACUUAAGAGUUAAUUUGGGCUUUCCUUCUGACAGAGUAGCUUUCCAGUAAAACAGCAGUUGCCACCAAAAUGGCUAAUGGUAGUGGCUAGUGGACAGUUCCUUAGUUUUGAUAAAAUAUGAGUCUUGAAAGUAUUUUCUCUUAAUUUCACAGUGAAUUAUGUGUGAAAUAUUUGUUCAACACUGAAAGAUCUUACUUCACAAUUAAAAUACUCCAGCAUUUGAAUUCCACUGCAUUUCUGACUGCAGCCCUUUCAUUUCAAUAGAGAUCAAAAAUAACCUUCUCAGAA